CUUUCUACUCUCGUUUUUUGGGACAACAAAAAAAAGAUAGAAAGAGAGAAGAGAGAAGAGAGAAGAGAGAUAAAGAGAGAGAGAGAAAGAGAGAGGCAUGCAGUGGUGGCUGUUAUGGGGGAAGUGUUUUAUUGGAUCUUCACGUUUCUUCUAAUUUUGGCCCUUCUCGGUCUUCUCGGUUAUCAGCUAAUAAUGUUGGUAGACCUGGAGUUUGACUAUAUCAACCCAUAUGAUUCGACGUCUCGGAUUAACCAGGUUAUCUUGCCUGAAUUCAUCAUCCAAGGGAUCUUCUGCGUCACCAAUCUAUUAGCAGGACACUGGAUUAUAUUCUUGAUAGGACUCCCUUGCAUGUAUUACAAUGCGAGAUUGUACAUUAAAAAAGAGCAUUUAGCUGAUGUUACUGAAAUCUACAAUAAACUGAAUUGGGAAAAAAAGAUGCGGUUAUUUAAAGUCGGACAUUCCGUCUUGCUAUUUGUCCUUUCUGUGCUAAGCUUGGUAUGGAGCCUUUCUGAGGAAUAGCAUGAACUGAAGUAGUUUAUCUCCAUGCCUGCUGCUGUAAGUUUUCGAUACUUCGUGUUUGAAAGUCAUGUUAUUCUCUCUACAAAGAGUCAUGCACUUCCCUUCAUCCAUGGAGCCGACUUACUCCCGUUCACCAUUAAAUGGGGUGUGGAAGAAGGAAGUAAAUCAGCUCAAUACACGAGGAAGAACGAGUACAAUAAAUAUUUAUCUUCUACAUAUCACCUAAUUAAACACUAGGGAUUGUAAACAAUUUUCAGGAUGAAAACAUUCUAUGCUUUUGUGAGCGCAAUCCAUCUUUUGAGCUGAAUUCCAUGGACAUGCAUACAACAAUGCUAGUAGCAACAACACCACCAGUUGCAAACUAUAACAAUAGUUUCUGUUUGGUUCAGAGGAAUUUUUGUUCAAGGUUGCUAGCAAAUGAUUUGUCAAAUAUUUUAUUGGUUGCGGUCUCUCAUAAUCAAUAUUUAAAUUUCUAUGUUUUAUAGAUGCACGAAAAAAGUUUGACAACUAGUGAGUAGUGAGGGUACACUACAGGAUCAAAAUAUGUGAAUGCUGCCUAUGCCACUA